ACGCUCGCUAUUCCUGCCUCCUCUACUUGAGUAAAACCUCGCAGUUCUUAUUUUCAAGUCGUCUCAACCUUUUGUCCCCUCUCAACCUCGUCGUCGUCCACCUGGGAUCGCCGCUCCUUUCAACGUCUUUCCUGGCGGCUGUCGACUCGUCCGAUGUGAAGCAGUAGCACCCACUCUCUUUCAAUUUAUUCCACAGUCUGUUAUCGGCUGUCAUAAUGAGACCCACCACGUCGACAAAGCCGUCGACGGCUUUCAUUUCCUCUCGUCCGCUGCUUACUUUCGUUUGUGUGCUUGUGACACUCGUUCCCCGCAUCUACGCCGCAAAUGCCGCCGACUGGAGAACGCGUUCAAUUUAUCAAAUUAUCACUGACCGUUUCGCGCGCAGCGAUGGCUCUACAUCAGCACCGUGCAACACCACUGCCGCCCAAUAUUGCGGUGGCAGUUUUCAAGGAAUAAUUGGCCAGUUGGACUAUAUUCAGGGCAUGGGAUUCGACGCUAUCUGGAUCUCGCCUAUCGUUGAAAAUAUUGGCGGUGAUGGACUUGCUGGACAAUCCUAUCAUGGCUUUUGGUCGAAGGAUAUCAAUGCGAUCAAUUCAAAUUUUGGCACUUCGGACGAUCUCAAGGAGCUGUCGCAGAAGUUGCACUCACGUGGAAUGUAUUUGAUGGUCGAUAUUGUUACCAAUAACAUGGCUUAUCGUGGCCCGGGUCAAAAGACCGACUACUCCCAGUUCACGCCUUUUAAUGAUGAACAAUACUUCCACAAAUUCUGCUACGUUUCGAACUACUCCAAUGACACCAAUGCCGAAGUUUGCUGGCUUGGUGGUGACGAUCUUUCGCUCCCGGACCUGAAUACUGAGUCCGAUGUCGUUCAAAAGAUAUUUAACCAGUGGGGUCAGGACUUGAUUUCUAAUUAUUCCAUCGACGGUUUCCGUGCCGAUGCCGCCAAACACGUUCAGCGAAGCUUCUGGACAAACUUUGUCCCUGCAGUGGACACCUAUAUUGUUGGAGAAGUCUAUGACGGAGAUGCGUAUCGUAUCUGCGAUUACAUGGCAUCAGAUGCACUUCCGGCUGUGCUGAAUUACGGAACGUAUUGGACCAUGGUCUAUUCUCUCGCCUACACCGACGGCCAAAAUCUGGUGAAUAUGGCGGAACAAUAUAAUAAUGUGUCGCAGACGUGUCUGGAUGCCACCUUGUUGGGCACCUUUAUGGAAAACCAGGAUGUGACGAGAUUUGCAAACAUUGCUCAAAAGGACGCUGCUCGAGCAAGAAACGUUAUCAGCAUGACCAUGUUGACUGACGGAAUCCCCAUCAUUUACUAUGGCGCUGAACAAGGCUUUGCUGGCUCGGGAGACCCGCAAAACCGUGAAGCCAUGUGGGUGUCAAAAUAUGAUACAUCUGCACCCUUGUACCAGACAAUCAAAACCCUUAACGUGGUGCGACAGGCCUUUAAGAACGUCACGGUCGGUUCAAACUGGAGCCCAUACUGGGUUUGGAAGAGCAAGUGCAUAUACUCUGACACGAACGUGGCCGCGUUCCGCAAAGGUUAUGACGUAUCUGUUGUAACCGUUGUGCAAAACUUGGGAUCCAACGGCAAGAAUCUCGGACCCUUUACCUUCUCCGACACCAACUUUUCCGAAGGGGACGAACUGCUCGAAGUCCAUUCUUGCACCAACCAGCCCGCUGGACAGUAUGGAAAUAUUAAUGUUACUCUUAGUAAGGGAGAGCCUCAGGUAUGUUUUCGCUCAUUCUCCGGACUCGUAUCUCUCUCUCUCUCUUUGUUCCCCCUUUUUGAGCCCGACUUGGGUGGCUGACAUUGGCGCGUACUCACAGGUCUGGGUGCCUCUCAAAUACUUCAACAGCACCACUGCAGUCUGUCCAGAUGUGUUCCAAACGCUCAAGGGUUGUACACACAACUGCCAUGGGCAAAAGGAUAACCGACCCAACUAUGCGCCAUCGACUGGCGCUUCCCCAUCUAUCGUGCCCAGCCUGACCGGCCUUUUGUCCGCGUCAUUUAUCGCCAUUGCUCUUUGGGGGGUUGGCACUCUGUAAUUGAGUUUCUCUAGCGCUGCGUUUUGUUUGCAGCAUGACUUGAUGCCUAUUGUCACAUUUUUUUUGCCAUUUACCUCCUCACCGACAACAAUUAGUUCUUUAUCGUCACCAUCAUCCGCACUGUCAUCGCCUCGACAUGGACCUCAUUUCAUCAUGUCAUCUUUUUUCCAUCUUUGACGGUUUCUGGUCUUGAGUAA